UGAGUGUAAACCCAAAGCUAAUUAGAAAUGAACCAACUAGUCACAAUUUCAUGUAUAGUCUUCGUCGUUUUGCCUUCAACUCAGUCUGCAAACAACCCAUACAAAGACGAACCUUAUCGACCUCUUGGACCCCUCGUUAAGUGCACUUUUCUACCCUUGGAAUUCCUGGAUUGCGACGAUCCAUACGAUCACAAAGGCAAUCAUACAGCAAAAGAAGCUCUUGGUCACGGCUGCGUCAAAUACGGUGGUGUUUACUAUGAAGAUGUAGAAAUUACAAAGGCGCAAUGUAAAGUGUUCGAUGGGAUCGAAUGUCAUGGGAUAAGAAGCUUUCUACGCGAUGGCUUUCCAUGCGUGAAGUACUCCGGCCAUUACUUCACUACUACGUUAAUCUACAGUAUAUUAUUAGGGUUUUUGGGCAUGGAUAGGUUCUGUUUAGGCCAAACAGGGACAGCUGUUGGGAAGUUACUUACUUUAGGAGGCUUAGGCAUUUGGUGGAUUGUAGAUGUAGUGUUAUUGAUAACUAAUAGUCUACAUCCUGAAGAUGGGAGCAAUUGGAAUCCCUAUGUUUAGUACUUAUAUAUUUAAGAGUAAAUUGUGAUAUUGAUAAUGUUAAAAUUGUGUUUAAAUAUUUAUUGUAACUUGUGUAAAUAAAUUUUUUUUAUUG